GGGCCCUCUCACAAGAGAGGCUGCUUCGCUCGCGUGCCGCUGGUCCACUGCAGUGAAAAAAGCAGUCAGGAGUCGUUCAGACGCGGUGCGUUGUUGUGGAGCUCGCCGGCGGGGAGCUCGCAUAGUCGCGCGGCUCGGUACGACGUUCGUGCAGCGGCUAUUCAGGCAAGGACCGGGCUCUCGCGAGGAGGAGGAGUAGUCCUACACCUUCCGUCCAAGCGCUGCAGAAGGGAGCCCGAAGCAGCAUGAGGCUGAGCGGAGGGUGGCACCAGCGGCUCCUAUUCGCUCUCCUGAUCGCGGUGUGCAGCGUCAGCGCAAAGUCUCGCCACAACCGAGAUGGCAGCGCAACCUACGUGGAGGAAGAUGAAGACAAGUUCCUCAGCAGCGAGGACUUGGUCGCACCGACUGCGCCCAAAGCACUGCCUCUUGACUUUGAUUUGUGCGAGACCAUGGUGUGUGGUCGGGGCCGCCAGUGCGAGCUGAACGAGGCCGGUGAGGCAAGCUGCGUCUGUCAGAAGUCUUGCAAGAAGAGGCGCAAGCCCGUGUGCGGCUCGGACGGCAACUACUACAUCAACCACUGCGAGUUGCACAGGGCCGCCUGUCUCGCGGGAAAGCCAAUCGCCAUCGACCACCGCGGAAACUGCAAUCGGGUCGAGCACGAGAGUUCUACGGAGAAGACCAACUCUACCCAGCAGGGCCCGGAGAGCAAGAUGGAGAGGACUGAGGUGCCUUCUUCGUGGACGAAUAUGCCAUCACACGAGACAAAGGUGGCCACGACCACGGAGUCUGAGGAUUCAACGCAGCAGGACUGCACUCAGCAGGAGUACGACUUCAUGAAAGAGAACCUACUGCUCUACAACAACGCUAAGAUGACAGAUAACAAGAAGACAGGCAACGAGUACCUGGUGAGCAUCAUGUUCUCGCACUACGACCACAACCACAACGGGCUGCUGGAGGCCGAGGAACUGUGGAAGGCCGGCGAGGAAGACCGGCUCGGCCAGCUGUCCACCGUGUGCAUACUGGCCGACAUGCUGCUCUUCGACGACGCCAACCACGACGGCCGGCUCAACAUCAACGAGUUCUAUCUUGCCUUUAGCGUCUCGGUUGUGUCGCUGGAUAAGUCUCUCGAGGUAAACCACGUGACUGCUCGUGUGGGCGACAAUGUCGAGAUCAAGUGUGACGUCACCGGGACUCCUCCGCCUCCAAUCGUAUGGCGUCGCAACAACAUGGACCUGUCCUCGCUAAGCGAAGACGAGAUCAAGGUAUUCGUUGAUGGAUCCCUGUACCUUACCAACGUUCAACUGGUCCACUCUGGAAACUACACAUGCCACGCCCAGAGAAAUCAUGACGUGAUCCAGACACACAUUCUGCACGUUCAAACAAUGCCCGAGGUUCGGGUGAUUCCAAAGCUUCAGUCGCGCGCACCAGGUGAACUGGCUGAGAUGGAGUGUCACGUGACGGGAGUACCUACUCCGCGGGUCACAUGGCUGAAAAACGACGAAGGCCUUCGAGUCGCCACUGACAAAUACACUAUAAUCGGAAACGGGACAGCCUUAAUGGUCGGCAAGAUUACCUACAGCGACACCGGAGCGUACAUGUGCGUUGCGUCGAAUCCCGCUGGAUCCACAAGGGACAUCAGCUCGCUCGUUGUCCAAGACCAGCCAACUCCAACGGCCCCGUCCGAGGAGCGCCGGUUCUUCACCUUCCACGACUGGGGUGUGGCAGUGUACGAUCCGGACAACUGCCGUCUCUACCACCAGAUCCAAAGCGUGGACAUCAUCCCAGGCACGCAGGAGUACGUGUGUGGUGAUCGGGGAGCCAACUGCUCCUGGGGUCGUGCCAUCAACGUGGCCGAUCGAUACGUCUACGUCUCCCAGCCGACCAAGGGCCGCGUGCUGAUCAUAUCGCGCAUACAGAUGGUCGUCGUCGAUGUGGUGGUGACGGACAAGUUCCCCGUGGACCUUCACUACGUGCCACAUCUGGACCAGGUGUGGGUUCUUUGCUGGCGAGGCCCCGUGGACCGUGGCACCAAGACCAUCCAGAUCAUCCGCGAUGCCAGCCAGAAGAAGAAGCAUCACACCGUGCACCCAGAGCCAGUCGAUGGACAUUUUGACCUGGUGAGCGGGCUGUUCAUCCCGCCGGCGCAGGACCUCGGUUAUCCUUGGAAAUACGGCUACGUGGUGCACACCAACCAGCGAGGCAUGUACAAGAUGGACCUGCGGGCCAUGAAGUACAUCAAGACCGUCGAUCUCACACCCUACAACUGUGCCCCGGCAAGCGCCGACUUUGCCUCCCUGGGGGGCUUCGUGAUCCUGGAGUGCCUGGAACCCAUCACUCAGCGGCCCAUGGGCCAGAUCCUGCUCGACUACCUCACCGACACGGUGCUUUCGCACAAGACCAACCUCUUCGGCCGUCCGCGCGUCUCACCCGACUCGCGGCACGUCAUCACGCUGCAGAGUGCCAACAACAGCGUCGUCAUAGUAGCUCAAGAGGUCACCGAGCAAGGUCUACGGUUCCUGUUCGACGUGAAGACAACGCUGCAGAUCAGCGACGCAACUUUCUUCACGUCGCGCACAAGCCACAGCUACGACUUGUACGCCAGCUCGUCCACCAAGGAGGACAUUCUUUUGGUGAACCUGCAGGACGGCAAGGUCGAGGUCAUCACGGGCACGGGCCGCGCGAUCGAUCCACGUGGUGCACGCUGGGGCAACGCCAACCGGCCCAUCAGCAGCGCGGGCGUCUUCGGCACCUACAUGGUCACCACGGCCAGCGAGGCCGUCUUCGUGCUCAACGGCAAGACGCGCACUGUCAACUGCGAGAUUGGCAAUGUCGUCCAUCCGCGAAUGAUGGUUUGGGUGCGCUCGCCCUAAACUCGCCCGUCUUCUCUCCGCCUGUCACGCUGCCCCGCCUUUUCCCUCGACCAAUUCCAGCCUAUGGCUCUCUCUCUCUCUCUUCUCUCUCCACUUUCUUUUCGCCUUUCUUCUACGGUUAUUUCAGGUGUGUAUGAGGCAAAGAACAGCGCCGUCGCUUAAAUUGGCAGCGAGCUGAGAUGCGGCGCGUUUCUGGCCUAAAAAAUCUGUGCAUUUAGCACGGUCGUUGGUACACACAGCAUCGUCCUAUGUUUCGGAGAGUACUGUGCGAAACGGCGCCGACGUUGAAGCAGCUUUUUCAUCUCGGAAAGCCCUGUGGGGGAGAGAAGGCUCCACUGAGGACGCCUGGUAGGGAUCUGGGAGCAAGACGAUUGUGGCAAGGCCCAGCGCCGUAAUUGCGUAGCCAACUUGGCCGAAAGCUGCAGCGUAUCUGUUCGCGCAGAACUGCUCGCGAGUCUAAUGGAAAGAACUGAACCUGUCGCUCUAUCUGAGCAAGCCAGCUAAGCCUAACAGAUCUGAGCUUGAAAAACCGACGGCGCAGUAACACCUUAAGUAAUGCCUACUUUCACCCUAAAUCAACAAACAGGCGUCACACUUUCGAGCGGAAAUGCUUCUAGGCGUAUUCAGUCUACAGCGAGCAGGAGAAAACAAUACACAGCACAUUUAACCACAAAGUUUUAACAUUUGACGCCAUUUUAUAUGUCCAAUUUUUUCCUCCUUAAAUAGUUCGUUUCCGAGCAAUAAGUUCUCGUCCAAGGGCGCGACAGUCGUUGUGUUGGCGAUAUAGAAACAUAAAAAAAAAACACGUUUGUAUACGUGAACACGCGCUGCCUAUGCUUCUUUGGGAGACUUUCUCUUUCAGUGUUCGAGGUAGAAGAACGAGGCUCAUGGCCGCCGUCCACUUAGCUGCUUUGCGGUCUAGUCCGGAGAACUGCAUUCCAUCAUAUUGUUGGGUUUGUCUUUUCUGUGUACAUGCGCUAUUAAAGGUAGCGAGCGCGUGAAACGCAAUGAUGAGUUUAGGAAGAGGUGAUCAGAACAACUUACACCGACAUUUAAAGUCACACGUGGCAGGCGCCAAUCAUGAAUAGUGGCAGGGGCCGCCACAACAUUUUUCUUAUUCGUGAGCAGCGUGUGCCGCAACUUUCUAUCGAACACUAAAGUUUGUUAGGGUUAUCAAAGGCACAAGAGGGGGGGGGGGGAUUAUCUGUAAAAUUUUCUGCUGUUCACGAAGAAUCGAGGCAUUUGUCUAGAGGCUGCUGGAUGUCCUUUAAGGAGCAGUUUCUACGGUUUGGCUGGGUGACGACGCUGCUCUCGUUAUGAACUUGUGGUCUCAGCUGAAUCGGCAAUGCUGUUUACAAGAAAAUUUCCUCCGACCUCGCUACUUGAUCCAAUUAAUAUUAACGGCAGUAAGGGAAACUCGGGUAACACUUGACGUGUCCUGGGUCGACUGUUUCUCGCCGAAAUUACGAAUCUGAAUAGCUGUAGCAAACAAACAGCUUAAUCAGUGUUUAGUUUCACUAGUAACUACUGUCCUCAUACUACUAUUCUGUGGCCAGAAUUAUAAGGUGUCAUAGCGGGACUUGCAUACUUGAAUAAGAUUAUUGAUUUUGCUGUUAGAUUUUACCUCUGAGAAAUUUCUACGUGUUCUUAAUUAAAGCGCAUCACAGCUAGACGCUUCUGACUGUCGCGCACGCAAACAAAUGCUGUAUUUUCUCGCUUUAUUCCUUUCUUUUAUCCAGCGCUGACAAGGUUAGUCGUUCGACUAUGGGUGAUCGCAUCUGAAGUAAGAGGACGUUUAAUGUGGCCUUUUCUAUUAAGAAGGGCCAUUGCGCUUCUACUAUUACCACCGGCGAUGGUUAAAAAUUCAUGUUGUACAUAACCUAUAGCGAUAUGUAUUUGUUUCAGGUUGUGCAGUACUCGGCGUCUUCUGUAGCAUCUGAGCUCUAUCUGUCAAGUGGAGUUUGCGCUUAGUCGGUCAUGAUUUUUCAGAGUGCGCUAAAGCUAUAUACAUGGACAAGUAUGAGCGUGUUACAGUGUGCGAAAGCGGCAUGUUGUGGUAUUUAUUUUGGCGUCCGUGGCUCUCUUAACCCGGACAGAUACGCUGCGGAUGUCCAUGCACAGCUUCCUUUGCCUGAAAUGCCUCAGCUGAAAGGACUCAAUCUUGACCAGAUGUCACGACAGAUUUAGGCUUUCACUGUAUGAUCGCAUGCGAAGUUUAGAACGUGUUAAGGUGAUACAAUAUCGUGCUGGCCAGUCUCGUAGUUGUGAUGGUCAUGAAAACUUUUUCGCUUCCUCUAAAAUGGCUCGGUAUGACUGUAGCAAAGGCGGCCGAGUAGUACGCACGAAUAUGCGCAGGAAAGCACAAUUUUCUGUCGUUUAUGAAGAAAUAUUAUGAUUGUUCGAUAGGUAAGCUACGAAAGUUGGGGAAGAAGCGUCCGUUCAUCUGGUACUGUCCUGCAUCCACGUAAUCCAUGCAGUCAGAAUGAUAUGUGUAUAUUAAAAAAGAAGCUUUUUCUACUUUAGUUACUUUUUAUUUUGACGUUCGCGACUGUAAUUCUAGUCUUGACUGUAAUUCUCGUCCGUGUAGUGUCACACUUGUAAAUAUGCGUAUUUGGAGUUAAAAUGAAGAUAUGUUGCGCCGAGGCGCGAAUGUAGACCAACUUGUUUUGCUAUAUAUAUGAUUCUCAGGUGUGCUUGUCGAAAGUGCAUUGGUGUGUAUGUAUGUGGCAUAAAUAAAGAACUGUGCUAGAAGCACUUAGCAUUUUUCAUGCUCCUUGUGAUGCGGGGGUGUGCUUUCUGUCGCGCAUUUUAAUUGCUCUGGAGCUGGUUUCGUUACUCAUGUUACACAGUAUGAUGUAGUUCAAGUCGAUUUUUAGUUAUGUCGUUAUUUUGAAAAAUUUAGGUUUUUGUCCAUUCUAGUGCAUAACAAAAUAUGACGCAACUGUGGACUGUCUGAUCAUGCUUUUUUUUAACUGAUGCUCGAUUGCUGUCAAAUCAUACUCAAUUCAUUUGAAACAAAAACAAAUGAAUGAAUAGAAAGGAGACCACUUGGCAAAUUCAGGAAAACAAAAUUUAAGUGUUUAUUAUCGUAAAAAUUUAUAGUAGACGAAACAAAAGCCAGCAUAACAUUUCUUCGUAGCACAAACUGCACUGGUGUCUUCUUGCGGGCCGACGACGCCCCCUACGCGGUUCGGGAUACUCCUAGAUCGGCAACAAAUAUAGUAAAAAUUAUGCUGCUUCUGUUACGUGGCCUAAAUACUCAUACGAGGCGCGCUAUUUCAGAUAAGGAAAGGCGUAAAUAUUCUGUGGUGGCGUUCUGCUAGUCGUCGAGUUGAGAAACUUUGCAAGAAAACAGCCUACCGUUACUAGUCGGCAUUGUGCUCGGCUACGCGGAGCAAAUUGCACGCGCCACGCCGAAACUGAUAGCCAUCGAGGGCGCACGCAACGUGGGCUCUCCGAAGCCUUGAGGGGUGUCACGUAAGGUUGGAUGGCGCACGCAACGAAAUGAGACGCCCCCCUCGCCCUCCCAGAGCACAACGCGCCGUGUCUCCCUUUCCGUGCGUCCUCCGAGCCCCCCGGUCACGUUGUACGUCGCGCGCAACUGUCAGCGGCGCCUGAAGUCAGCGAAUCGCAGAUGGCCACCGCUGCUGAAACCGCAUGUUCCCGACAUGAUUCUUCCUCCGUCUGCGGCGCAGUCGCGACGCCGACGAGCCUCGAUUCAUGACGGUCGAGAAAUGUACUUUCCAACUUGUGCUGGCUGUAUACAUGUGCUAUUAUUUUCUGUAAGUAGACACUUUCAUGCGUGGUUAUACCGUCUGUCUGCUUGUCACACGGCUCGUGAGAUGCGUAAGAGAAUGUGACGAAAAUGCUUGAAUAAAAAAGUUGCA